GGAAGCAAGGGGAAAGUUUGACAACUGAGAGGAGCAGGCUUGGUUGAUGAGAAGGGAAGGAGGAUGGACAUGCUGAAGGGAAAAGAGCAGACUCCGUGGAAAAAUAAAGCACAAAUGAAGGAGUGGCUGCUGGUGACGGAGUGGACAGAGUUCAGCCCCUCUCACUCCUGGAGAAAAUAAUCAGUGAGACAACACCAACAUGAUGUGGAGAACAGUCGCCCUCGUGCUGCUUUUGCCUCAUCUGCUCUCCUCCGCAGACAUGGGAAACAGCAAUAAUUUUAAUCAAUCAGAAAUGGCUGACGAGGACUUCUCUGACGCUGUCAAAGGCCAGAAACCUCCUGGAGGUGUCAAAGGUCGGGACACGUGCUCCAUCCCAUGUGAUAUCACCGUCAAGCUGCUACGAGAUGAGAAACAUUCAGUCUGCGGUCAACUACAGCAAUCUUUGUUGGCAUUUGGACGCAGCACCCGGAAGCUGAUCAGGGAUGUGAUGGAGGAGCAGCAGAGAGCCCUGGACAUCCUCAGCGGUCAGGUCACAGAGCUGAUGACCAAAGUACAGACACUCAGCUCUGAGGUUCAGAGAAGCAACACUGAGAUGUACUCCAUCAAACCUGUGCAAUCCCAUGGGCGAGACUGCAGCGACAUCAAGGACAAUCUUGUGUCAGUCGUCCCCAAGAUCCCCAGUGGUAUUUAUAUCAUCCACCCAGAGACCACUGACUCUUCAUUUGAGGUUUUCUGUGAGAUGGACUACAUGGGAGGUGGAUGGACGGUGAUGCAGCGGAGGACCGAUGGAUUAACUGACUUCAAACGACCCUGGGCUGAUUAUGCUGAUGGCUUUGGACAUCUUGCAGGAGAGCACUGGUUGGGUCUGAAGAAGGUAUUUCAUAUCGUAAACCAGAAAGACACUCGGUUCCAGCUUCACAUGGCUCUGGUCUCUCACGACGACGUCACCUCAUAUGCAUCAUAUGAUGACUUCCGCCUGGACAACGAAACCCAGUUCUUCAGAAUACACCUGGGAAGAUAUGCAGGCAGUGCAGGUGAUGCAUUUCGCGGCUACGAGCAGGAGCAGAACCAGGACACGGCUCCGUUCAGUGCCUCAGAUGUGGACAAUGAUGGCUGCAAUCCUUUCUGCUCCAUCGAGAACCGCACGGUGGAGAGCUGCAGCACGCAGCACAACCAGACAGGAUGGUGGUUCAACCAGUGCGGUCUGGCAAACCUCAACGGCUCUCCUCAAGAUGUGGAGCAGAACCGGGGACAGAGGACACACAUCCUGUGGGACACCUGGAGACACAACGGGGUUCCUCACACAAUCAAAUUUGUCACGAUGAAGAUCAGGAGGAUUGCAACUAAUAACUAACAGAGAGGGGGAGGGGGAGAAACAAAGGGAGAAAGAGAAAAAAGCACAUAUUGUACAAGUUUCACUGCAUCUUUGUACACCUGAAGUUUUAAUAAAACAGGACAGAGGAAUGAAAGGAUGUCUCAUUCUCAAAGUUUCAUUGAAACUAAUUACCUGUUAUGAAAAUAUUCCUUUAUUUACUUUGACACCUGAGAGAAAAUUAAAUUA